AUGGUGCAUGGCUCUUCAGAGCCCGCGACUCUCGAGUCGAUCGAGCAAGUGCACGAUGAUGGACGCAUCUGCAUUUGGAGCCCUCAUGGCACAGGACGCGGCAUUACAGUGAUAAUCGAUAACUAUGACAGCUUCACUUUCAAUGUCGCACAGCUCUUGGUCGAAGAGGGUGCCAACGUUGUCAUUUUCCGCAACGAUAAAGUCUCAAUCGAGACACUCGAGUCGUUGCGGCCCGUGAAUAUGGUUAUCAGCCCCGGACCGGGCCAUCCACUCACUGACGCAGGAAUAAGCCUUGCCUGCAUCAAGCAUUUUGGAGGACAAAUUCCGAUUCUUGGCAUUUGCAUGGGACUGCAGUGUAUGACCGUGGCGUUCGGCGGUGUUGUCAGCGGCGCUGGUGAGAUCUUCCAUGGCAAGACGUCGAUGAUGCAACACGAUGGAUGCGGCUUGUUUGCCGGCCUGUCUACAUCUGUCCCUAUCACCGGUACACGCUAUCAUAGUCUAUGUGCCCAGAUUGAUGCGGUACCGGACGUAUUGAGAGAGACUGCGCAUGUGGAUUCGGGCGUGGUGAUGGGUCUACGGCACAAGACCUACACGAUCGAGGCAGUACAGUACCACCCCGAAAGUGUCAUGAGUGAGUACGGCCAUGAGAUGGUGCGCAAUUUUCUCAGUUGGCACGGUGGCACAUGGGCAGAAAAUCCACAUGUUCUCAACACCCCUGCUUCAGCCGGGCCAUCUACCUCUGAAAGUAUUCUCACACGCAUCUUCCGGCAACGAAAACUCGAUGUCGCUCAGUCACAGACCAUACCUGGCCGCUCUUUGGCAGAUCUAGAAGCAUCAAUCGCACUGCAGCUAGAUCCCGUGCGUAUAGAUUUUCCGCGGCGCUUGCUGCAUGGGACAGAACGUGGCAUCGUUCCCGGUAUCAUGGCCGAGAUCAAACGUGCAUCGCCGAGCAAAGGUGAUAUUGCACCCAACACUCACGCUGCCGAGCAGGCACUUCUGUAUGCGAGGAGUGGUGCAAAUGUCAUCAGUGUGCUAACAGAGCCGACGUGGUUCAAAGGCACUCUCGAGGAUUUGGUCAUGGUACGCCGUGUUGUUGAGUGCAUGCCAAGGCGGCCGGCUAUUCUCCGCAAAGACUUUAUUCUCAAUGAGUACCAGAUUGCUGAGGCGCGUCUCGCUGGUGCGGACACGGUUUUGCUGAUUGUUGCCAUGCUGGACGACAUGACUUUGCAAAGACUGUACCAAUACAGUCUGCGGCUUGGUAUGGACCCUCUUGUCGAGGUGAACAAUGCCGAAGAAAUGCAGCGUGCAUUGUUAUUGUCGCCCAAAGUCAUUGGUGUGAACAACCGCAAUUUACACAGCUUCCACGUCGAUAUGGACACGACCUCGCGUCUAGCACAAGCAGCUGUUGAGCGCGGCGUGAUCCUCGUUGCACUCAGUGGCAUUCAGCAGCGUAGCGACGUCGUCCACUAUAUGGAACAGGGUGUGCAGGCGCUCUUGGUGGGCGAAGCACUCAUGCGGGCGGAAGACAAGCACGCUUUUAUUCAAGCACUGCAAGGCGAAUCGAGCGAAAAAUCGGUGCUCUCAUCGUCAGCUCGGCGGCCCCGCUUCGUCAAGGUGUGUGGCAUUCAGACUCCUUCUGCAGCGGAAGCGGCCGUGCAGGCAGGAGCAAAUCUCAUUGGCAUCAUCCUUGCGCCAGGAACCAAACGCACUGUGUCCACAGACGUGGCGCGUGCUAUUAGACAGAGCGUGCACAAGGCAGCGCCAAACACCGCCGAAACAAAUACCAAGUUGGCCUCAGUAUGCACUUCAACCGCGACACGACUUUCGCGUGCGCACGAGUGGUUCUCUUGGCAUGCGGACCGUAUGGCUGAGGCCGCGGCGUGCCGGCCGUUGGUCGUCGGUGUGUUCCGCAAUCAGACGCUGGAGGAGAUAGUCGCGGUGGCAUCGUCGCUCCAGCUCGAUGCGAUCCAACUACAUGGCCGAACGGAAGAGCUUGAAUGGGCUCGAUACUUGCCUAACGUAUUUGUGAUUCGCGUGUUCCAUGUUGAGCCUGAUAUGACAUUGCGGGCCGGCGCACUGGCCGAAGCGACCAGGCCAGGCUACCACCAUGUGAUCCUUUUUGAUUCUGCAGGAGCAGCCGGGCACGAUGGCGGCUCAGGCAUGUCAUUUACAUGGUCACAUGCGCCGGCACUAGCAACGCGCUGCGGAGUGCGUGUGCCGUUCCUCGUGGCUGGUGGGCUCACUGCUGCGAAUGUACAGGAUGCCUUGGACGCGUCCCAGGCUAUGGGUGUCGAUACGAGUUCUGGCGUCGAAACUGAUGGCCAUAAAGAUCCCAGCAAGGUCCGUGCCUAUGUUCAAAAGGCGCUGGAGUAG